AUGCGAACAUUCAAGUGUCAGACAUACAUACUGACGCCUAAAGAGAAUCGACUCAAGUGGGAUCCAAAGGCUCGCGCUGGCAUAUUCGUGGGCUACGAAGAAGUUUCGAAGGCAUAUCGUGUUUAUGACAUCGAGGCGGGGCAGGUGGUUAUCAGCCGCGAUGUCAACUUCGAAGAGUCCACCUUUGGACUUCAACUGCCGAUCACUGAUGAAGAUGUCAAUGACCUGGACUUCGAAAUUCUGGAUCUUGAUGACGAAGAGCUGCGUCAAAUGGAGUACAAGCAAACAGGCAAGCGCAAGAACCGACUCAAUGAUGAAGAUACAGCACCUCCACGACCGCGUGCAGUGCGUCAACGACCAGGACUAGAAGAGUCAAGCGCGCCGGAAAACAACUCGUCACGCCAAGAAGAAGACGAAGAAACGAAGGAUUCUGGUGAUUCAACACCGCCUGUGUUUUGGCGUGCGAGUGCAAAUGCCGUUGAAGCAGCAGUGGACUUAUCAGAGCCCUCAACAUUUGAAGCAGCAGUAAGCGGCCCUGACCAAGUGCACUGGAGAAAAGCAAUUCAUGCAGAGCUCGAUUCAAUGCGACUUCGCCGUGUGUUUCGUGCAGCCAAGCUGCCCAACGGACAACGCGCCAUUGGCACAAAAUGGGUGUUCAAGAUCAAGCGCAAGGCGGAUGGGUCAAUCGAGAAGUACAAGGCACGACUUGUGGCCAAGGGUUUCCGCCAAAAGUAUGGCAUCGACUACACGGAGACGUUUUCGCCUGUGGUCAAGUAUGUGACGCUGCGAAUGGUGAUCGCAAUUUCCAAGCAUUUUGGAUGGCCCAUCGACCAGCUUGAUGUGGUGACAGCUUUCCUGUAUGGCGUCAUGAAGGAACAAGUGUUCUGCGUGAUUCCUGAAAGCGUCGAACUUGACAGUACGUUCGACUGCCUUGAAUUGGUGAAGUCAAUUACGGCCUCAAGCAAGCUUCGCGAGUGUGGAACGAGACGUUCGACGAGUAUGUGUGCUCCAUCGGAUGUCAAGUAUCGGACUUCGACCCAUGUCUCUACAUCAAGACUUCGGACGGCCAUUGCGUGUUUAUACUGGUCUACGUGGACGACGUCUUGGUGA